AAGAGAGCGCAAUCGUUAAAGGGGGAGAAAGCUGAACGCGAACGCACAGUCGUGGUCGUGCGUGUAAAGAGAUCGGUCGUCGAGAGGCUGGUCAGUUUUAUCAGUAACUACGACGUUCCAGCUCCGCAUUCACGGCCUACACCCAAAAAGGAUAGGGCAAACGGAAGGGGAAAAAUGAAGCUUAACAUCCCGUUGGUUUCACUUGGAGUCUUAUCCGGGGCUUUGGCAAUUGCUGUAAUCGUCCUGUCUGUUUGCCUUGCAAACGCGAACAAAGAGUUGUCGUCACUCAAAAGUGAUACUGAUACGACUGCAUUACCAAGUACGACAAUGGCAGCAAUUACGACACCUAAGUUGACCGAACCAUGGGAGUUGGACUACCGUCUUCCGACUGACACUUUGCCUCUACACUACGAGAUCUAUUUGCAUCCCGAUCUAGUCCUAGGGACUUUCACCGGGAAAGUGGAUGUUCUACUUAAUAUCACACAGCCUAGAGAUUUCAUUCUUAUCCACAGUAAAUUCCUCACCAUUAAAAAAACAUUGCUUCGCAAAGGUGAUGGCACUAAUGGGGAGCAGAUAAUUCUUGGUGAUACUUUUGAGUAUGCCCCGAAUGAAUUUUGGGUUGUCAAACUGAGCUCUCAAAUACAGCAAGGCCAGUACACCCUACAGCUUGAAUUCGAUAGAAGUCUCACUAAAGACAUUGUCGGGUUUUAUAAAAGCAACUACUACAACAGUGACACUAACCUAACAAGAACUAUUGCUACCUCCAAGUUUGAGCCCACUUACGCUAGAAGGGCUUUCCCAUGCAUGGAUGAACCGAGCUACAAGUCUACAUUUGGUGUUACUCUUGUCCGACCUAAAGGUGAUGGUUAUGUGGCCUACUCCAACAUGCCUCAACAGUCGUUUGUGGAUGACAGCCCGAGUGUUGGAUUGACUACGGUUAAAUUCCAGAAAAGUGUCGAAAUGGUGACAUAUUUAGCCUGCUUUAUCGUUUGCGAUUUUAAAGAACGGGUGGGUUCUACGCAACGAGGAAUACCUAUCAAAACGAUAGCCCGUUCUAAUCAAUUUAACAGCACCGAAUACCCGCUGGAGAUCGGGAUCAAAGCCACGGAUUACUAUGAGAAAUACUUCGAUAUUGAUUACGUAUUGCCCAAGCAAGAUUUGAUUGCUAUUCCCGAUUUUGUAUCUGGCGCCAUGGAACAUUGGGGGUUGGUGACGUUCCGUGAAACGGCUUUGUUGUUCGACCCAUUGGAGAGUUCGACAUCCAAUAAGAAACGUGUCGCAACCGUCGUCGCUCACGAAUUAGCUCAUCAGUGGUUCGGCAAUUUAAUGACCAUAAUUUGGUGGGACGAUCUUUGGUUGAACGAAGGAUUUGCCAGUUAUAUGGAGUUCAAAGGAACGGACGCCUGUGAGCCAACGUGGGAUAUGAUGACUUUCAUCCUUAGCGAUGAUGUCGGUCCAGUGAUGGAGCUUGAUUCGAAAUUGAGUUCACAUCCUAUCGUCGUAACGGUUAACCACCCGGAUGAGAUCACCGAAAUUUUUGACGCAAUUUCAUAUAAUAAGGGUGCUGCUGUUUUGAUGAUGUUGGAAAGUUUCAUGGGGCCAGAAAAUUUCCAGAAAGGUAUUCAAGAUUUCCUUAAAGAGUAUAAGUUUAAAAAUGCCGCUACUGCCGAUCUAUGGCGAGUACUUCAGACUGUUACCCCUCAAUUGGAUAUUACUCGAAUCAUGGAUACAUGGACACGGCAGAUGGGUUACCCUGUUUUGAAUUACACCGUAAAUGGGAAUGUGUUGACUGUCAAGCAGUCUCGAUUCUUAUCGGAUCCUAAUAGCAAUGCAACUGUAACACCGUCACCCUAUGGAUACAAAUGGGAUGUACCAAUUUUCUAUAUUACUGAUAAGAAUCCUACCCUACAGUCUAAAUGGCUGUACAUGGAAAAUGAAUCUGUGACAAUCGAAUUACCCACCGACUUCAAAUGGGUUAAGCUAAAUGCAGAUCAAAGAGGAUUUUUUCGCGUCAACUAUCUUCCUGCUCACUGGAAUGCGCUUGCCACUGCUCUUAUCGCAAAUGUGAGCUCGAUGUCAGCUAGCGAUCGAUACGGAGUUAUAGAUGAUUCGUUCAGUCUUUCUGCGGCGGGCUCUUUGCCCUACAGCACUUCACUAGAACUUGUUCAGUAUGUGAAGAACGACCGUCAUCCUGUUCCAUGGAGCGCUGCAUCUGGCAAGCUCUCUUAUAUUUCGAGCUUGGUCUACAUCACAAACUUGUAUCCAGGAUUCAGGAAAUUCAUCAUUACUCUUGUGGAGCCGUCGUACUCGGAACUGGGCUGGGAUCAAUUGGAGCCGUUUUUGGAUCAAAAUUUGCAGACCACCAUUCUGUCGUUGGCAUGUCUUAGCGACUAUACUCCCUGUUUAGAAAGUGCUGCUGAACGACUAAGCAAAUGGAUCAACAACACCAACGAAUACAUUCCUCCCAAUUUCCGCAACUUGGUUUACCGAUAUGGAAUUGCUCAAAUCGGCGAUGCCACUGUAUGGAAUGCAAUGUGGGACCGUUACACAACUGAAAACGAUCCAAACGAGGCAAUCAAGUUGCUCUACGGACUCGCCUUUGCCAAGGAACCUUGGCUUAUUCAUCAAUAUUUAGAUUUGGCCAAGACUGAUAAAGUUAGAUCACAAGACUACUUCACGGUAUUAGAGUACAUCUCGUCUAACCCAGUUGGACUUCCCAUCGUUUGGGAUUUUGUAAGAAACGAAUGGCAGUAUUUAGUUGACCGCUUUACUACGAACAAUCGUUACCUAGGCCGUAUGGUUGGCACUGUUACGAGCAAGUUUACUACACAAAUUCGUCUGGAUGAGAUGAAAGAAUUCUUCGCAAAAUAUCCCGAUGCCGGCGCUGGCGCCCGUGCUAGAGAACAGUCCAUUGAAACCGUUCAAAAUAACAUCCAAUGGUUGAAAAUCAACAAGCCUGAUUUAGAAAACUGGCUAAAGGAAAAUGGUUUUAUGUAAACUAUGUGCUUAGGAAACGUUCCGCUUCACCGCUUGCCUUGAAAUUCAGGUUACAUUGUUUAUUUGGGAAAAUGUCGUUAAUAUCGUUGUAAGAACAAUGUUCAAAAUUUUUGUCAUUAAAAUUGGUGUUAGUAGUAA